UUGAAGAGUUGAAUCUUGAAUAGACGCUUCAUAGUCUAUACCUGCUGGUCGUCUCCGUCUAGCAUCAGUCCAUUAACAACAAUGAGGCUCCACCACAAAAACUAUUGCACAACUAACUUAAUAAUUACAAGUCUGUUAGUCGGUAACUUAUUGCUGAGUUUAUUUCAUCAUUUCAAUUCCGGUGUUAUAGUCAAUAACACAAACAGCACUUGCAAAACAGCGUCACCGCACAAUACAGAUAAUAGGCGUGAAUGCGUUUCGCCAUCUGACAAUUUCGUCAAUCAAGAUCAAGUCAACUACCCGUGGAAAGAGGAGCCCAAUUGCCAACACUUCACCGUUCAGUUUGCCAGGAAUAAUUCUCGGCCGAAGUGGGCUUUGACGUCCUUCCCUGGCAGUGGAGUAACGUGGACACGACAGUUAAUUGAAGGAGUAACUGGCAUAUAUACUGGGACCAUCUAUGGAUCAGGAGAGCCUCCAGUUAUAAUAGGGAACCACGGAAAUGAAGUGGAUGUCAAUUGCGAGUGCACGAUUCUCAUUAAAGAUCACGACAUAGAAGGGCCUGAUUUCGCAUCCUUUCCAACUAGAAGAAACAAUCUCGGCAAUCAAAUCAGGAGAGGUCACAAAAGAAGAAGAGGUCCUACAAGGAGUUCCAUCUACGACAACCGCGGAAUUUUACUCCUCCGCAAUCCCAUGGAAGCGUUAUUCACCUUCGCCCAUUAUCUGGGAUCGUCGGAAAAUCAGACGGGGAUAGUGUCGCCGGUCGACUUUUUUGGUCCCCAGUUCGACAAUUACGUCGACUACGUGGCCGACACUUGGGCGGAUCACGCCGUCGGUUGGAUCCAGGACAUCCAAAACGGGACCGUCCUCUUCUACGAGCGGCUCCUGCUGGAAGACACUGCGGCCGAAUUGACACGAUUGUUGAGUGUCAUCGGCUUCAGCGAUCCUCACCAUCCGCCCGUCGAUCCGGAGCGGAUGCGCUGUACUUUGUUGCACAAGAAUCGAAUGGACCGCAAGCGUAGCAAAAAACCAGUGAUACCACUGACCAUCCGUCACCGCUCUAAAUUGAUGUUUGCCAUCCAAAGGGUUCAAAAUAGCCUCCGGAAGAAAGGCUGGCCGUUGCUUCCAGUUGAUCUCUUUGACUUGCGAGCACGAGACGAAGACAAUAUUGACAGUGUAUAAUAGCCUUAAUAGGUUAUUAUAAACAAGGCCUCUAUCACCUGUUCCCUUUUCAUUUGAGUGCUGCAUUGAUGUGUUUGGAAAUAAAGAAUGUUUUGUGGUUGAAUGAAGGCCGAAACUAAUCGGUUUAUUAUAUGAUACUGGCCAUGGGCAAGUAGAAUUGUAAGCGGAUUGACAAAAACCGCCCGUGUAAGCAACAACCCAAAAAAAUUGACGUUUUAAUCCCCCUCCCUAUUAUUGUAUCUGAACCCCACGAUAAGAACUGGAGAGAAAGACAGACAAAGAAAAGGGUAUCGGCGAUUAUUCAGAGAAAAGAAUUGGUGCCGAUUGUAACUCUUCCUCCCAACACCCGCCCCCUCCAUUCCAGCUAGAGUCGACUGGAGGCCAUGUCGAAAAGGCACACACCGUCUGAUUCAGUGAUCCUAUAUAGUAGCUUCCAGCUUCCUACCGUUCAUUCUGUGACGUUGUCGCUAAUAUAGACGUUGUUUAAUAAUUAUUAAUUAAGAACGGUGUAUACUUUCGUUUUACUCUCUGCGUCUAUAGCUAUUACGCUGCAUGCGUCUACUGCGUUUGCCGUUUAGAUUCCGGUGACGGCUGUGAGAUGUCAAAAAUUCAGUUUGUUGUAAGCGUCUCAGUUCGUUACCUUAUACUAAUUCUGAAUAUUGCGUUGAUUGAAAUUAGAACCUCGAUAAAGUGGUUUUCACCUAUAAUUUCACCUGAUUUUGUCCUGUGUUAUAGUGACGUAGCCAGCAGUCGCCAACAAAAUCAAAUCCAAGCCAAUAACGGCAAUAACAACUGGACGACCACAGCGAUAGGACACAAACUCGACGUUCUGUAACAACAAUUGCCUUUUUAAUUAGGCAAAAAGGUUGACUCUUCUCGUUUUUCGCUUCUUGAUUUCAUUCAACGCCAUGGACUGUUUCAUUUGUUCAUUAUCCACCCAGUGUUACGCCUAUCUUCCGUCGCCUACGGGUAGAAAUCUUAUUUAUGCUUUUCUCACCUUCACGGAUCAUGCUGGAUUGUUUGAAACUUGGAAGAGGAAAUCAGCUCAUGGAUGGACUUUCAGUUGCAUCAGUUUCUUGUUCAAGUUUUCAAGUUUCGUUUAAGCUCUAACCAGGGUAGGUACAGUAUUUUUAGCCCAUCUCUGAUGCAACAAAUCUGUACGUGAAUUGCAACCUUAAGUAGUUCACUUCAAUGAAAUCUCGCCGAGUGUUUGGGAUGGCUUUGCCGGCCGUUCUUUUCGUUCCGACGACGAUGGAUCCAGUCAUCUAAGGAUUUGACUCAGCCAACCCAGAAAGUGGAACUUAUAAAGUGGCAGCUGCUGAGAUGACGUCGCGGUAUUUUCAGUCACGGUUCUUGAUUUCAAAUAAUAAUCGAUGGUGCAUUAUGCCGCUUGGAAAUACGUUUCACGCUUGCAGAAAUGAGUUAGUUAAUCAUCUUGAGCCGGCAAUUGUCCUUCUCCAGCUGUUUUUAUUUUAUCGAAAGGUAAGAGGGUUGAAUGAAAGGCAGGACAUUCAGGUGUGGCUGAAUAGGAAACUGAGUGAUUUGCUGGCCCCUGAGGUAACGUGAGAAAACGCCCCUCUCUAUUUGUCGAAUAAAUAAGGGAUCAAUUUCAGUGUCAGGCUAUAAUAAUCACGAGAACCUGUGGGUGUCCAUGGACGGCGAGUCUUAGAUGGAAUGGAAAUCAAACAACAAAAAGCUAACAACCUGGCUAACUACAUGGCUACAUCCAGCAUUCAACAAUGUAGCCAAAACUCUGCACUGCAUUUUAGAUUGUCGCAGAUCGAAUGGUAAUAAACAGGUGAAAUUCAAGAACAAUUAAAUGUUACAGCCGGUAAUAACCUCUGCCCUGCCUCUGCCCUUCCUAGCGGUCAACACAACAACAAGCGAGUUUCUUUCUUGUAGGUGAACUGGUUUGACGGGAUCUCCAGCAAGACGAUUAGGUA